AUGUCUAAAAAUGCAGCGACUGCUCAAGAGUACCUGGAUCGCCACAAGAUUCCUCAGCUAGUCGAGCACCUAACAGCUGAAGUCCUGUAUCAUCGACCAGCACAACUUCAAAACCAGAGCCAGUCGUUCUUUUCUGAUCAAGACCUCCGGGCACUCUAUUCUACCUUUGAUCGUCUUGAACAAGGUCAGAUCACUACUGCACAGUAUCUGGAAGCAAUGAAAAUCAUAGGAGCAACCAACGCAAAUCAGGCACCUAUUCAACCAAUUACUCCAGCAAUAUUUCUGGCCGAAGCGCAAAAGGCUCUGUCAUCAUCCACUUGA